AUGGAUGUAACAGAAUCAACCAACACCGACGAAGAAACUUCUUCAAAGGAACAACAACAGCCUAUUUCACCACCAAAGACAUCUCAGUUUGCCUUACCCUCUACCAAUUAUAAUAUCAAUGAUAACAGUAACAACAACAACAACAGCAAUAGUAAUGCUAAUAACAACACCACCAAUAAUAGAUAUACACCAUAUCGUCAAGGUGAUAACUUAUCAUUCAAGGAUAGAUUAGAAUUGAUAGAACAAGUUGUUUCAAUGUAUCCUCUACUAGAAAAAGAUAAUAUGGUCUACAGUAUUUUGAAUCGUAAUAAUUGGAGUGUUGAAAGAAGUCUAACUGAAUUGCAAAAGAGACAUGAUUACCAAGAAAAACUUGACCGAGAGAAAAAGAAACUAUCACCAACAGGAGCAGCUACCUUGUCAUCGUCGAUUGUAUUGGAUACUAGUGGAGAAAUGUCAGAGUCAUCAAUGACAAAUGACGAGUCUCAUGAAGAGGAAAUGGAAGAGGAACCAUCUGAUGAAUUUGAAGAAGAAGAAGAAGAAGAGAUGGAGGGCAACGUCGACCCUCAACAACAAUUCCCCAAGAUUAUAGAGGACAUCCAGACACUAAAGGAUAUUUUUGGAUCGGCCUACCACGAUUUUGAAUUAAAGGCAUACUAUAUGAUGUGUGGUGGAAAUUUAGAGUUGAUCAUUGAUCAGCUGGUCACUGAACAAAACAAUAUCGCCAAAAAGUCUAGUGCUGGAACCGGUGGCGGUGGUGUCGCUGGAGUGGUCGAUCCACUCUUGAAAAAUGACUCAAACGUUGUACAACCUACAGAGGUACGUCAUCCCAUCACCAGCAGACUGACAGAACAAGAAAAAAGACAACUACAACUCCAACUCAUCCAAGAGCAAGAAUCAUUAGAGAAAAAAUUUGAAGACAAAAAGAAACACGAAAUUGCAAGCCAUCCAAACAAAAAAUCAUAUUCCAAAGAUGAUAUUUUAAAGGAAUUAAAAGAUUUAUUCAAAUCAACUGUUGAAGAGGGUGUCAUUGAAUGGGUUGCAUACAAUUGUCAAUAUGAUCUUGGGGCUGCUGUCACUCAAUUGGUAGAUUUGAAACAUAACAACUUGAUGAACAAGUCUGCAUUGCCAACAAUGUAUCAACCUCAUCUUGAUCCUACUAUUACAGCCAAUCUUGCAAAUGGAUUUAAUGCACUCAAAGGAAUCGCCACGCCCCAACAGACUGUCGAUACGACCCAACCAACUCAUCUUACCUCUCAAAACUCAAAUGAAUCAAUGAGUUUUAUCAUUGACAAGGUGACAACUCUUUCCUCUAAUGAUAAAGAUAAUGAUAAUAAUAAUAAUAAUAAUAAUAACAAGACUGUUUUUUCACCUUGGGGAUCACCAACCUCUGAACAACAAACAACUACUACUACAACUACCACCGCCAACAACCCAACAACACACCAACAAUAA